AGUUUGUACCAUCAUUUCGCUUAUACAUAAAAACUAUUGUUUAACUACAUUGGCUGGGAAAGCGCGCUCGUCGUCGCCGCCAGCAGAAGGAGAGGAAGACGAGAAGAGGAGAGCUGGAGAGGUCAGGUGGCUGCGCGGCGGGUCUCAAAAAAACGAAAAGAGUAGAGGUUGGGGGCGGGUCGCUGGCCUGGGUAGGGGUUUUUAGGGUUUUGGAGGCCAAGCAGCAAAACGCAGCGCAGCGGUAGUGGGAGGGGGGGAUUUCAGUAUCGGUAUUACCGACUUACCGUCGGUAUUUACCGAUAUCGUGUCCGGUAAACCGAGUAUCCCAAGUUACCUCUCGGCCGCCGGUUACCGGUUCGGUAAAACGGUAAACCGUUUACCACCCAUGAAUGCGCCUCCGAGCGAAACAUUUCAUGACACAUCAUUGAUGAAUAAGACAUGAGAAAAAGAAUGUACGGGGACAACCCCAUUCCUUCCUAUUAGCGUGAAAUGACUUUCAUUCAAUCAGUCUCCUCUGCUCUCUCUGCAUUGGCUUCUACUUUCACGUACCUUAUGGCCUCAGUCAUUGACUUUGCCCCUUAUGCUCCUCCAUUUAACGAAGAAUUUAGUGGUUCUUCACUCCCGAACGAAUUGGGACAAUAUCGUAGUAGAGCUCCUAGCCAUGCUUUUGACAAAUCCCUCUCCGCCGUCAUCUACUGGUUGAUUGUAUACUGCCAUCUGCCUGACUAUGGCUUUUAGAAAGAGCAUCCCAUACAGAGUCUUUCAACUAACAACUAAGUCAUACGAGCCUUCACCUAAUCUCUCAUGGGGCCUUCCUAUAGAUAAGAUAGGCGCAAGUCGUUUCUCAUCUUUGAGGAGCGAAAGCCACUCGACUCUAAAGGAGAGGAGAGGCAUUCUAUCUUGAUUUUCUCUUCUCUAGAAGAAGGAUGCAGGGGACACGACACCAUUCACUUAGGAGAUUGGGGACCACCUCCUUCAAAGACCUAUUAACAUUCGAUUGCGGGGAAAACCUCUAUAUUAGUCUUAGGUUAAGAAAUGAAAAUUAAAAGAUUCUGCUCGUGAGCAUAAUGGUAUAACCCCGCCUGUUGAAAAUCGUAACGUAAGUAACUUAGUGCAAAAUCAAAAGUGAAGUACCCGUAUGUGUGUAAUUUGGUUAAUUGUCUAGUUUUGUUAUGAGUCAAUUAAAAUGAGUUAAUGCAUAUUCUUUGCCCUCAUCUAAGACAAUUGUAAUUAACUAAAAUAGAAAAUUGGAUUCAUUCAUUAUUUCUCCUACCAAAUUGGUCCAUCCAAAUCUUGUCCAAGGUUGUGAACCCGCAGGUCAACUCACUUUGACCUUGACCCGAGGAGAAAAACGAGCCGCACGCACCCGUCGGUUCGACCGUUACAAGGUAUCGGGUUGGAGGUCAAAUUGUGUCAUUUUUCUUUGGUUUGCGAAAUGCGCCUAUUUUCCGAAUUUUCUUUUCGCCUAACUCAAUCUUUGGGAUCCUUAGUUGAACAUUUGAAUAUUGAUGUUUAUAUAAGUGUGUGUGAAUUUUCACUAUACGUUGGAUCUAAGUAUGACAUGUUACUUUGGUGUAAUAAUAUAUGUUAUUACUCAUAUGUUAGAUGAGAUUUGAUAUAAUUUAUUAGGAUAAGUACAAUGUAAUGACUCUUUCCAUAUUUUCGGUCUAAAACAGGUGACCCAUUAAUCCUUGACCAACUAGCUCGAUCGGAUUCGGGUCAACCCGCGAGUUGACAACCUUGAUCUUGCCUAAUUAUCUCAAAACGAGAUAACUAAAUAAAAUUAACCCGUUAUAAUUUCACAUUAAACCAUCUUUUAAUUUUUUUAAAUGAGCGAUUUGGCAUACUUCCUAAUUUAUACAAUUCUGAAUUCUACCCUAGAGGUGGGCAACGAUUCAAUUCACAUCUGACUGAAUCGAACCGAAUCGAAGUGUUUAUCUUUUGAUUUGACUUUGGUUCCUGAAUUUGGGACAUUUUCGGUUUUGGUUCGGUCCAGACCAAAACCAUAAAAUCAAGCAAAGGACCGGACCGAAUCGCAGUUAAAUUAAUUGCCUAUUUUACU